AAUGAAAGAGGGAGACGUGCGCUCCAACGCUUUGCAAGCAUCUCCAGAGCUGCGGCGGUUUAUCGCGAUGUCACACCAACGGCCGCGUUUUCUCCAUCUGAUGUGAAACACCUCGGCUAGUUUUGCACAUUUAUGUCUCAAUUUAGUCAAUUCAUGUUAUUUUUACAAUGCGUCCAGGAGCGCGUCCUGCUGUCGAUGCUGUGCGGUCCUCUCUCUGUCUAUGCUUCAUGAUCAUUCUCCGUGUUGAGGCUGUUUACAAUGCAGGAGAAAAUAAACAGAAGAGCAUCCUGGAGCAAGUACAGAGUUAUGAGAUUACUUAUCCCAUAUGGCUGCAUCCUCUCAGACACAGGAGGUCCGCCAACAAAGAGUAUCCUGCAAAGGCAGAAGUUCUCAUCUGCGCUGAGGGCCAAGAGCUGAGGCUACGCCUGGAGAGAAAUGAGCAACUGUUGGCCCCUGGAUAUCAGGAAAUAUGGUACACCGAUGAUGGAGCCCGCAGAUCCUCCUCUCCUGCCAACACUGGACACUGUUUGUAUCAUGGGGAGGUUCUGAGUAUGAAAGGUUCCAGCGUUGCUGUCAGCACAUGCUCAGGACUGAGAGGACUGAUUUCUCUGAACACAAGCGUCACGUACUUGAUAGAGCCUCUUCCCGUUUCCACGGAUGCACAGCAGCACGCUGUGUUCAGAGCCGAGAGUCUCCAUCUAUCCAAAGGUAGCUGUCUGCAUCACCAUGGCAACAAGGAGCACGAGGAGGGGCUUGAUGGCUUCAUCCAUGGAAUGAUGUCACCAAGGAGCAUAAGGGAACGAAGGGACCUGAGUCAGAAUAUGAAGUAUGUCGAGCUGCUGCUAGUGGCAGACAAGGCUGAGUUUGAGAAGCAUGGGAGUAGUCGCGAGAACACCCAACUGAAAUUACUGGAAGCAGCCAACUUGGUUGACAAGUACUACAAAGCUUUGAGCAUCCGUGUGGCAUUAAUCGGUGUGGAGGUGUGGAACAUCAAGGACAUGAUCAGUGUGUCUGACAACCCGCACAGCACUUUGGCAGCAUUCCUGUCCUGGAGAGGCAAAAAUCUCCGCAGGCUCCCCAACGACAACGCCCAGCUCAUCACGGGGAAGUCGUUCCAGGGCACCACCAUCGGACUGGCACCUCUCAAAGCCAUGUGCUCCGACUACCAGUCCGGUGGAGUGAACACGGAUCACUCAGAGUCAGCUGUUGGUGUUGCUGCCACCAUGGCACACGAGAUGGGUCACAAUUUUGGCAUGAGUCAUGAUAUCACAGGCUGCUGCCAGGCGAGAGCUGACGACGGGGGUUGCAUCAUGGCUGCCGCUACUGGGCACCCGUUUCCACGUGUGUUCAACGCUUGCAACCAGAAGGAGCUGAACAGCUACCUGACCUCUGGAGGAGGGAAGUGUCUCUUCAAUCUCCCAAACACCACAGCCAUGUAUGGAGGGCAGCGCUGUGGCAAUGGUUACCUGGAGAUCGGAGAGGAAUGUGAUUGCGGAGAGGAAGAGGAGUGUACCAGUCCCUGCUGUAAUGCCAACAACUGCACUCUGAAAGCUGGAGCUGAGUGUGCCCAUGGCAUCUGCUGUCAUAACUGCAAGCUGAAGAGCCCGGGUGUGCUUUGCCGUGCUCCCUCAGGUCCGUGUGACCUGCCAGAGUACUGCGACGGGAAGGCUGAGUCCUGUCCUGCUAACUUCUAUUUGGUGGACGGCUCAUCAUGUGCAGGCGGGCAGGCUUACUGUUACACCGGCAUGUGUCUUACACUGGAGCAACAGUGUCGGUCACUCUGGGGACAAGAUGGCCGUCCGGCCCCUGACCUGUGUUUUCAAAAGGUAAAUGAAGCUGGGGACAUGUACGGAAACUGUGGCAAAGAUCUGUUUGGGAAGUACAGAAGCUGUAAGGACAGGGAUGCUAAAUGUGGGAAGAUCCAGUGUUUAAGUUCAGCUUCCAAGCCCAUUGAGAACAAUGCUGUUCGCAUAGAAACCAAAAUCAAAGUGGGCAGCAAGAGUAUCCAUUGUAUGGGAACACAUGUGUACAAGCCUGGGCACGGGAAUGAGGAGACACAGGGGGACACUCUGGAUCCAGGCCUGGUCAUGACAGGCACCAAGUGUGGCGAUGACUCGAUUUGCUUUAAUGGAGAAUGCCGCAAUGCAUCUUUUCUCAGAGCUGAUAACUGCAAUGCCAAGUGCCAUGGACAUGGGCUGUGCAACAACAACCACAACUGCCACUGUGAUAUGGGCUGGGCUCCUCCUCUGUGUGACCAGAGGGGGUCGGGUGGGAGUGUAGACAGUGGACCUGUCAUCAGCCACAGCAGUCUCCUUCCAGUCCUGCUGGUCCUCCCUUUGGUUCUCUUUGUGGUUUUGGCUGCUGUUGGGCUGUGGUUCUACUACAAACACAAAUUCCACCCGCUGAAAGCUUCUGCUCCACCUCCAACACCAAAUUCAGUCCCUGUCAAGACCAAGCCUCUGCAUGUAGACAGUCAUGUGAUCGGUCAUGCCAACCCGACAUUCUUGCUAAAGAAACAGGAAUCAGACCAUCUGGGGAAGUCCUCUCCUCAUCUGAGCCCGUCUUGUCCAACUCGGCCCAGACAUGCUAUUGUGCGUCCAGCUGUGAAGCCUCCUCCCAUACCUGCAUAUGCUGCGGAGAAGAGAGAACAUCAAGCCCAGAUCCAGCCUGACGCUUCUUCUCAGAGUCAGUACUCACCACAGGCUCACACUCAGUCCAGCACUCCUUUCAAAUCUCCACAGCUGGCCGAGCAGAGACGCAAAGACCGGGCUCCUCCGCCACCUUCAGGACCUACCCACCCACUGCCUUCAACAGCACCUAAAUCCCGACCGGACCCACCUAACAGACCUCCACCGCCUUGUCCUGUCAAACCAUCAGUGGAACAGCAACACACAAAGGGAGUGCAGCUUUCCACUAAUGCCCUGCUGAGAGGAAAAGCGGCUCUGGCUCCAUCUGCUGGACAGAAGAAGCCAAACAGAUCUUAAACCAAGAGCUCAGGGAGACGUUGAUGACCACUUACAUCAAAUAAUGGACUGCCUCAAACUGUGGGAUAUGAUGAAUACUUGAUACUCUGGGUCUGUGGAUUACAGGAUAUUUACACUGGUGUGUAUGGAGGGAAAAUGGUAGAAUCACAGAAUUAAGUCACAGAACAUAUCACAGUUAAUUUAAGUCUUAAGACUUAAGGCUUCUUAGGUUUGUUUUGUGAAUCAGUCCUAUGUGUCCGCUUUAUCCACUUGAAAUUUGAAUUUUAUUUUAUUAUUCCACUUGAAUUUUAUUAUUUUUUUAAGUGUCCCAAAUGUUGAUGGAAAUGUGAAAUUGUUCCAUGUGUGUCAGCAGUGUUUAAACACUGUUGCGGGAGUAUUUAUUCACAAAGCAAAGAAAAAAUGAAUGUUUACAGUAAUGCCUGUGUAUGCAACAUGGUGCCCCUUAAAGAGCAUCAGCUGUAAAGGGAUAUCUUAUAUUAAGAAAAUUUGCAGAUAGUGAAGUGCUUAUGCUUCUUAUGUGUGAAUAAUAAUGGGCUUUGAACUGGACUAAUGGGGACCAGUGAAAACCCAGCAUGCAUGCUGUAAGUAUAUGCUAAUGAUGAAAGACAUGUGUCUUAAAUGUAGCAGGAAAUGUUUUUCAGUUUUUUUAAUUAAUUUUGUUUUUAUGAAUUUAUAUUAUUUUGGAGUGCACUUUUAACAAUCCUUUUAAUAUCAAACACCCACAUUUUGUAGGCUUAAAAUGUCUUUAUCUACCAAUUACCAACAAUCAAUAGUCACCCCUCAAGCCUACAGGAAGUGAGUUUUUGAUACCCAAAAAUAAAUUGGUAAAAUAUUACUUUAGUGCAUUUCUUGUCACCUUUCUUUUUUAAUUUCAUAUGAGAAACAUUAAUGAGCAUCAGUUUAAUUUACAUAUAUCUAUUAAAUGUCCUAAAAUUGCUCCAUGAAUUUAAUUUACAGUCAAAUAUUGCAUCUGCUAGAAAUUAAUAAUUUUUUAUGUUUGUCCAAAGAUGUUGCUAAAAAUGUUCAGUGGGAGUUCCCUCAUGACCUAAAUGUACAAUAACACUGACUACAGGCUAUGUAACAGUGACAACUUUGGCAUUAUUCUAAGGUACUGUUGAAAACUGGUCCAUUUGUAAUGUGACUGCUUUGGGAACCACCUGGUUUUAUCUGUAAUAUAGAAAUACAGCUGCAGAUGUUUUACCUUCUUAUCCAACCUAUGCAAACUCAGGCACUGUGCAACACUGAGUCUUCAACUGGAAUUCAAAUAAACACAUGGAAAAAUAAAUAAUAAUAAUAAUGUUAUACAUUUUAA